AUGGUACUCGACCACCAUCUGUUCAACCUCGUGGGCAUCGCGUUCUCCUUUGACAUAUUACUGGCUUCUGAUGAAUAUCGCCUCCGAGUGGCAUCACAAUGCACUGACUUGACAAAUGCUGACUUUUUCUCGAUCGCCUUGUACGCCAUCGGCGCCAUCAUCUACAACCUCUACUUCCACCCUCUCCGCCACAUCCCCGGCCCAUGGCUCACUAGCUCUACCGGCAUCCCUUACGCCCUGCGCAUGCGCUCCGGCAAAAUCCUCCCCUGGAUCCAGCACCUCCACGCCCAAUACGGCGACGUGGUCCGCGUGACGCCCACCGAAGUAUCCUUCAUCAGCGGCGAGACCGCCUGGCCCGACAUCUACGGCUUCCGCACUGGCAAGUACAAAGAUACCGGCGCCUACCUGAAAGACAAAGCAUGGUUCCCUACCCCAAUCAACGGCGUCUGGUCGAUCAUCACCAGCACCGAAGCCGACCACUCGCGCUUGCGCCGCAACCUGUCGCACGCAUUCAGCGACAAAGCGCUGCGUUCCCAGGAACCCCUGAUCAUGAGCUAUGUCGACCUACUCAUCCACAAGCUCAGCCAGCACGCGGAGAAGGGUAUGUCGGUGGAUAUCAUGCGCUGGUACAACUACACAACCUUCGACAUCAUCGCGGAUCUCUCCUUCGGCGAGCCGCUGUACUGUCUCAGAGAUAGCGGGUACCACAUGUGGGUCAACAUGGUGUUCAUGGGCCUCAAGGGGAUCCCGACAAUCGCCAUUCGCAACAAAUACAUUCUCUUCCGCUGGCUCGAUAGGUUCCGGAAUCUGUUUACAGACACACAGGCUGUUGUACGCGCGAGGAAGGAGUUCUUCGCUAUGGCAUCUGCCCGCGUAACCGCCCGUCUUGAAAAGGAAACAGAGCGUCCGGAUUUCUUCACGUUUAUACUGCAGAACCAGGAUAAGGAGAGUCGCGCGCUGACGAGGGGCGAGAUGGAUGCGAACGCGAACAUCUUCCUCAUUGCUGGCUCCGAAACGACCGCGACCACACUUUCCGGAAGCACUUAUCUUCUCCUCAAGAACCAGGCCGCGUACAAACGUCUCGUGCACGAGAUCCGGAGCGCGUUUAAGAGUAGUGAUGAGAUCUCCAUCGACAAAGUGAACCAGCUUCCCUACCUCGUCGCCGUCCUGCAAGAAGGCCUUCGCUACUACCCACCCGUGCCAACAGGCUUUCCACGCAUCGUCCCCGGCACCGGUCAAGAUAUCUCAGGACACUACAUACCCGGCGGCACGGGCGUGUACAUCUCCCAACACGCGAGCAACCACAGCGCGAGAAAUUUUACGGACGCGGAUGCCUUCGUUCCGGAGCGCUGGCUCGACGCCGAGAGACCGGCCAAGUACGAGGGAGACAACAGAGAAGUCGUCCAGCCGUUCUCCUUUGGGCCGCGAAACUGCAUAGGCAAAAAUCUCGCAUACGCAGAAAUGCGGCUCAUCAUGGCAAAGUUGCUGUUCCAUUUCGACCUCGCACUCGUACACCCCGAGAGGGAUUGGAUGGAGAAGCAAAGGGUGUUUGCGCUGUGGGAGAAGCCCUCGCUGGACGUGCGCCUCACGCCCGUGCAGCGGUCUAUUUAGGUCGCAGACACGUGGGACGCAUAGGGCCAAGGUGUUCCAGGCGUUGGGCGUGCCUUUACAGGAGUGUAGAUGGACGGCCUUGUCGCGCGUGGUGCCGGGGCUUGAAGGAAUGCAUUGCGCGCCGAUCCGGUGGUGCACGUGAGAACUACCGAAUGAAGAACGUGCCAUGCAAAAUCUUCUGUUUGGAAAGCACGAGUCGCGCCCAAGCGCCAGGCAAGACCUGGCCGUGCGACGAGCGACGAGCGACUUCACUGGCUUCUUACCGUGUUGAUCCCACGCUGGUCCAACCAGGCACACGCAUCAA